UGGCUUUGGUUCCGACGUCCGAAUGAAGCAACGCAUUACGUAAGAAAAACACCACAGUGCUGUACGCUCUUCCCGAAACCUUCUAAUUUGGGGCUGACACCCUAGGCAGUGGGCACCGUAGAUAGACACCGUACACACCGUAGAGAGAGUUCAACACCGUAGGCUUGUGUUCGGUAUCAGAUAAAGUCGUAUAGGGUUCAUGGAUAUAAUCGUACUGGAAUCUUCACAGCACUUACCGUAACCUGCAGCAUUUGGAUUGCCGGCUUCGAACAAAAACCACCCUGCGCUGGCGAAUACUACUUUACAACCACAAGUAUGAGCCCGCCGCCAUUCAAUGACACCCCACCGCUGGGCGACGUGCUAGUCUCGCUGAUCCCAUCCUGCUUGGCCAGCUUCUUGGCGUUAGGAUGUUUAUGGACAUCCGUCAAUCGAAGUCUCCGUUCCGACAAGAGCAAACCAUUUCGCGAAAGGCCGCUGGAGGAGAAAUUGCACCUUGCAGCUCAUGUUCUUCUUGUCGCUUACAACGUCGCCGUUUCCCGCGAGGCGUUCCGCAUUAUUGCCGAAGUGAGUCAGACGCAGCGCAUCGUCAUCUACGCCUUCAACAGUCUGCUUUUCCUGGUGUCCUUCUUUGUCCGGUUUCUUUCCAUUCGCCGCUUCUUCGACGUCCUGUCGGCCACGCUGGGUCUUAACCGGCGCUGGAACACGGGCGUCGUUAUUUUCACAACCGCGGUUUUCGCGAUCGCAUUUGCGGGCACUUUGAUUCUUCUGGUGACGAGGCCGGAUGGGUGGGAGGAGAUCGUUGAUCUUAUUUCGGCGAUGUGGGGGUUUGUCCUGGCCGUUAUCAUCACUGGUGUGGUCGGGGCCGUCACGAAGGUGGUAAUGAAGGUGAAAACGAAACUCUUUGGGGCUACGAAAUCGGGCGUGGUGUCCCAGGAUCGGCUGGACGCGAGUCAAGAUUGGUUGACAAUGCAGAAAUACAGUCUCUUUUUGGUCUUUGGGAGUUGCAUCAUCAUCGUGAUCUUCUGCACAGUCAUGGAAACAGUCGGCACUACCAGUUUAACCUUCCCACGUACUGGUGUGAUACAAUUCGCAAUCCAACUCUACGUAGUAAUCCUGCUGUACGUGGAACAUGUCAUCAAAGACCUCGCGAGAUGGGACAUGCAUGGGACCGCGCCGGGCGGAUUUCAGCCGAAAACACUGCUGCAAAGCUCCAGGAGCAAAAAAAGCACCCGAUCGAACACGCCGGUGAAUGACAGCCCUCCGGAUGGCAAGAGGUCAUUUUUUGAAUCUAUAAGGCCAUCGUCGGCUUCAAGAACAACCAAGGCGCAGGCGGUCGACGCUGGUCCUUCCAACAAACCUCGGCCCCCCGCUUCCAAUGCCUUCACUGCUUAGAUUCUGGCAUCACCUAUCGUAUAUAGUUAGGAGUAGUCAGACAGUGUAGGGAUAGAGCGGGCGGCAUUCAAAUCCAUUCUGGUGUAAUCAAGCGCUCUUUCCAGAGAUAAAUCGUCAAAGGUAGGGAAGCAGGUCGCUCGUCGACCGAAAAGUAGUGGGACACUGGCAAUUUUCGGGCGUCCUUUCAUGCAUUCGGUUGUCCGCAUGAAGUGCGCAUCACGUGGGAGGCCGAAGGUCGUUAGGGCAUAUUCCGCUGAUAUGCGGUGGCAUACAUACAGUAUGUACUGCCAUAAGCGCUAUGGCCCUCUGUUCGACUACUCGACCCCAAGUUGCAGCGGGGAGAAAUACAGAACCAUCAGACUUUGUGAUAUUGUUGGUCGCAUUCGAAAAACUGGG